AUGGACAGUGCGGUGUCAGCACACAUGUGCAAGGAUCGAGAUGCGUUCGAAGAUUACGAAGAAGUGCAUCAUGCGCGAAGUAUCUCAAGCGCAAAAAGCGACGUGAAGCUGAACGUCAUUGGACAUGGGAAAUUGAAGCUGCGCGUCUGGACAGGGAAUGCGUGGGUCGACGCUCGCCUUGAGAACACACUUCACGUUCAAGAUUCGUCCAAGAACCUGUUUUCGCUCACGGCUGCAGCAGCGCGCGGCAUGACAGUGGAGAUAACGCGCAACGAGUGCGUGUGCCACAUAGCCGAAGACGAGACUGAGCUAUGGCAUAGAAGACUGGGCCACGUGUCGUAUGGUACUCUGAAUGCCAUGGUUAAUGAAGGACGGAUCAAGGGCGCUACGGUGAAGAGGAACGUUGCGUGUGACGUAUGCGCAGCGUCAAAGCAAGUGCGCAAGUCAUUCAAGACCAGUGAAGAAGACGCUGAAACCAGGGAGAGUUCGUGUUCCGACGUGGUGGUGUGCUUCGACGUUCUCGCACCUAUCACGCCAGCGUCUAAGUCUGGUUUCAGUUACGCCGUAACCUUCAUCAUGAUGAAGAGCAGGUAUGUAACGGUAUAUCCGUUGCGAAAGAAGAGCGACGUUGCGAGUGCGUUCAAGCGGUUUUACCAAAAUAUCAAGACAGCAUCUGGAACGAAGAUAAAGGUGUUGCGAAGUGACAACGGCGGCGAAUACCGGAAUGAAACGAUGAACAACUUUUGCAAGGCAAAGUUCAUUAAGCAAGAGUUCACGGUUCCGUACAACCCAGAGCAGAACGGGAUGGCGGAGCGGAUGAACCGCACGCUGGUGGAGAUGACGCGCUGUAUGCUCAACAAAAGCGGCCUCAACAAGUCGUACUGA